CGCCGCCGCUCUGCCUAUCUGCUCCGCUAGAGGCACACACCGCCGUCCUUCCACUCUUGGCCGACUCGCAACAAUCGCAUGUGAGCCAUGUCUCCUCCCCGCCGGUCUCACCCCGUAUGCUCCCUCCGCCACCGGCCGCGCUCCUCGUCCGCUCUUCCAUGCCCGCCCGAUCACCAUCGCGAUCACCGCCGUUUUUAGGAAAAGGCCGUGCAGCGCCCGGCUCGGCCGCACACCGCCGACACUGCCUCUCGCCGCUGCCCUCGCCGCCGCUGGUCGUCCGUAACCUCGCACGCACCGUGCUGGUCGAGGACAGCGACGACGGCAGCGGAAGCGGUAGUGGUAGCGGCAGUGGCAGCAACGCCAGGCCCAUCGAUCUGUUCGCUAAUGGAAGCAGCGACGGCGAGAGCAGCGACGUGCAGAGCGACGCGCAGAGCGACGCGCAGAGCGACUUGUUUGCCGCCGGCGAGCUAGUCCCGGAUGCCGAAGCCUCGUCGCGGGCGCUGAGCUCGUCGGGCAUCGUGCUGAAGGCCAUUCCGCCGUGCUCGGGCCUGCGUCUCGAGACAAACACCGUGGCCGACGCAGAUGCCGAUGCUGGCGUGAGCAGCUCGUCGGGCGAGCUUGAUGUGGCCGCUGCUGCUGGCGGCAGUGGCCCUCCUCGCCCGCACUCGCCACUUGUCCUGCCGUCGCCGUCGGUCCCACCGUCGAGCGACGUGCCGCAAGCGGCGCCGCAGACGCGGGUCGAGAUCCGGCGGCGAGCGUCGCGGCUGCGGCGGCGGCCGGCUAGCCGGACCCACAAGCGCCCGCGUGGCUCCGACUCGGGCUCUGAAUCGGCGCUCUUCCGCAAGCGCCCACACGUCCUGCACCCGGCUCCUGCCCAGAUUCUCAGCAGCGUCAGCCUUGAGCUCGGCUUGGCCCACCACGACGAGGCCGCGUCGCGGGCUGCGCUGGCGUCAGCGCUCCAGGCGAGCGGCAUGGCGUCCAGCGAGCCGCUGGCGCUGCCACCGUCGCAGCUGUCGCGCACCGAUGGCAAGCAGGGCGAACCGGAUGACUGGCACGCGUCCUGCGCCCGCCCGCAGCGACUGAGCAACUUCCCUCCGUCGCAGCUCUCUUCGCAACAGAGCGGGCGGCUGGUGGGCCCCUCGCUCGCAGCUUCGCUGGCGGCUCUGGAGCGGCCGGGGCCGCCGCCGCCGCGGGUUGUCCUCAACAUCGACACCGAGUCGGACGACGACGACGACGACGACGUACCGCAGAAGCGCGGGCGCCGGCUGGAACGGCGUUUGUCGUCAUCGCUGUUGCUCUCGAAGCGGGUGGCGCCGCCGCGACCCGUGGCUGUCCGGGCAGGCUACGGUGCCGCCGCCGCCGGCGACGCCGGCGAGCUGCUGAAGACCGCGGGCUGUAGACGGUGUGAGCUCUGCGGCGAGUCGAUGGCAGCCGGAGCGCUCGCGCGGCACCUCAACGUCUGUGCGCUGUGA